AUGGGGCAUGUGGGAGAUGACACCUUUCAGAAGUGGGUGGCUAUGGAGUGUGCCUACUAUUUCCCUGCACAGAACUACUUCACUUCCCAGACACUCAAGUUUCUCACCCUCUAUGUCAAGACCCAGGUCAACUGUCACUACCUCCAGCUAAGGACUGUCAAACUGGAGCAGCGCGUGAAGCUGGUCAUCCGGGGUCCGCAAAGCCCCCGGAGCGCGCACGUCCGAUCGCCGCUACAGCUGCUGCUUCUGCUGGGACUGGUGCGGAAGUGCGCAGUAGAGAGUCCCUGGGGGCUGCCUGUGGUAGCUGAUGGUCCAGCUUCCUUUGCAAAAGAGGUGAUGUCAGAGCUGGCCAGUCUGGAGUUAGAAAACAAGCCAUGGCCUAGAGAUCACAUCCAUGUUUCUGCAGGGACCCACUCUCUACAUUACUACUACCUGACCCUGUCAGACCCAGGCCCGGACCUCCCUCCGUUUCUGGCUGUGGGCUAUGUGGACGACCAGCCUUUCAUCCGCUAUGACAGUCGAGUGGGCAGGGCGGAAUCCCAGGCCCUGUGGAUGGCGCCUGUGGACACCCAGUACUGGGAAAAGGAGACCGAGAAGCAGAGGAUCUGGGAGAAAGUGCAGCAGGUGGAGAUGUGGACUGUGAUGGGCUACCACAACCUUAGCAGCGGCAUGCACAGUGCACAGCGCAUGUUCGGCUGUGAGAUCCAGGAGGAUGGCCGUUCCAACAGUUUCUGGCAGUUUGGCUUCAAUGGACAGGACCACCUGUCACUGGACUUGGAAACACUGAGCUGGGUAUCAGCCCAACCUGUGGCUUUUCGGACAAAGCGCUGGUGGGAGACAGAGCGCUGCUAUGCUGAGUACGACAAGGCCUACCUACAAGGCCUCUGCCUCAUCUCACUGCACAGGUACCUGGAACUAGGAGGCCAGAGUCUGACCCGAACAGAGCCACCCAAAGUGCAGGUGACACAGCACAUGGCCCAGGAUGGUAGGACCACACUGAGGUGCUGGGCCCUGGGCUUCUACCCACGGGACAUCUCCCUGAGCUGGUGGCUAGGCCAGGAGGAGCUGGCCCUAGAGACUGAAUAUGUGGAGACACGCCCCAGUGGGGACGGCACCUACCAGAAGUGGGCAGCUAUCCAGGUGUCUGCUGGGGAGGAAGCCUCCUACACCUGCCAUGUGCAGCACCCAGGCCUGAACCAUACGCUCACUGUGACCUGGGAAUCACCCUCUCAUCAAAGACUUGUCAUUGGCAUCGUCAUCCUGGUUAACAUCUUCCUAGUGGUUGUAGUUCUGGUGGUCUUGACCAAAAGACUGAUUCCAGGUAAGGAGGCUCUUGACACCUAUCGCCGGGGCUCUGCUAAAAAGUUUCCGUGGGGCGGUGCGCAAACCCACGAACUUAUCGAAGAACGCCUCUUGGAGGCAUAUCGUACCUACACCCCCAUAGACCCAGAGGCCUCAGAGAAUUUGCAGGCUAUUAACCUAGCCUUUGUCGCGCAGUCCAGCCCCUAUCCUGCAGAGCACGCCUCCGAAUUUGGCCACCCGGGAAGUCCAAGAAACUCUUACUGUGAGUGCGUGAGUGAGCGAGAGCGCUACCGAAUUCCUCACCGUUUCCGGUCCGUUCCAGACCACCGGCUCAGUUUAGCGGUCACCAAACCCUCUGUGCCUUGCUAG